AUGCCUGCGAUGUCCGCCCAACUCAAGGCGCUACGGGCCCACCGCCGUCGCGAGGGCAGGGCGGACUUCAACGCCGCGCUCGCGGCCACCGUCAGGCACGUGAGAUACACUAAAUCACAGGCGAAGAAGAACGAAAAGGAGGUAGAUGCGGCGUUCAAUAAGCUGGAGCGAGCCAUGAAUCAGGCGGAGGCCGCCGAGGAGGUGUUCCGCAUGGUUUUGCGGGAGGCAGAGGUGUGGAGGAAUGUGCACAUUCGUGCAACUGAUCGCCUCGUUGCAGUGGGUGGCCUCACGCGGGCGCGGGGCCGCAAGGCCCUUGGCGUCGCGUAG